AUGGAGACUCGGCAAUCAAUGUCUUUAAACGACAUGAACAAACAAAUUGAAGAACUCAGGGCUUCACAAGCUCAACAAAGUGAAGAGAUUCGUAAGGAUCUCGGUGGUGAAAUCUCAACACUUAAAGAUAUUAUAGAAAAGUACUUUGCUAACUCUCCACCCUCUAACCAGCGUGAAGGAAAGCAAGGAGAAACAACUUCUGAUCUUACAGCUGCAGAUAUUGACCGGCGACCCGUCCCACCCGAUCGUUUUUCUCCAGACCAGAGUACAUCAAAAACAGAUCACCAUACCCACGACCAUACGCAGAACCAAAACCAGAGCCAUCCUAAUACCUUAUCGUCACGAUUGACGAAGAUAGGAUUCCCAAUGUUUGAUGAUUCAGAACUCCGAGAAUGGAUUUAUCGUUGCGAGCAAUUCUUCUUAAUUGAUAGUACUCCACCAGAAGUAAAGGUCCAUCUCGCCCCUCUUCAUAUGACCGGCAAGGCUUUACAAUGGCAUCAUGCGUAUAUUGCCAACCGCAACAACAUGUUCCUUCUAUGGCCAGAAUAUGUUGCGGCAAUAUCUGAACGAUUCAGUGAGCUUUUCGAUGACCCCUUAUCAGAACUAGUAAGUUUGAAACAAGGGAAUGACGCCAUUGACGUCUAUCUAGAGAAGUUUGAUGGUGCUAUGACAAGAAUCACACUUGCUCUGGAUCAUGCCUUGAGUAUUUUCUUCACAUUUAUGAACCAGCACUUAGCUCUUCACGUCCGCCAGUUCAAUGUCACGACUGUACCACCAGCAGCAAGAAUAGCAAAACUUCAUGAGUUAUCCUUGGCGCAUACACCGGCGAAAAAAUCUCGACCAGCUUUCAGCUCAUCUCAACGAUCAAACUUCACACAAAACAAGAAUCAACAAAACAGCUCAACCUCAGCCGCACCUAACUCCAUCGGCAAUCAAAAUAACAAACCACUACUCUCUACCGCACCUCAGAAACAAUUUAGUUUCGACGAGAUGCAGGAACGGAAACGUAAGGGUUUGUGUAUGUAUUGUGAGGAACCAUUCACACCUGGUCAUCAGCUUAAGCACAGGCGUUUUGAUUUCUUGUUGUUGGAAACAGAUCCAACAGAGUUUGAUGACGAAAUCGCGCUAGAAGAACAGAUACGCGAAACAACUAUCGAGGAUCAAGACGAUAAGAUCCCCACUAUUUCUGUCCACGCCCUCAAUGGUUCCUCUACAUAUAAUUGUAUGCGACUUUUUGGACAGUACGGGAAGAAGAAGCUACAUAUACUGAUUGAUCCCGACAGUACACACAAUUUCCUCGAUCUUCAAAUGGCUAAAGGUUUAGGUUGUUCUUUGACUCCGAUAAAACCGAUGUCAGUAGCUGCAGCAAGUGGCGACCUGAUCACAAAAUAUAAGUGCAGUACCUUCACUUGGAAAAUGCAGGGAUAUAAUUUUGUGUCUGAAUUCAGAACAUUUCUGUUAGGUUGUAGCGACGUGGUACUUGGUGUGCAAUGGCUCUCUACACUUUGUCCUAUUAUUUGGGAUUUUCUCAACCUUAGAAUGGAGUUCACGUUCUGUGGUUUGAAACAUGUCCUUCGAGGACUCACUCCAAAUGUUUCUAAAGUUAUAUCAGGAAGCAACUUGAAUAAACUUAUGCUACACAACCCCGAUAUCGCAUUGCUUCAAUUACGUGACCUCAACGAUUCGGUUCUUCCUCAACAGCCGCUUACCCUUGAUACAAUACUCUAUCAUAUAGAAGCUAGUAACCCAGGAGCAGAUGACGAUGGAGCACUUCAACGUUUGUUAGACUCUUACUCAGAUAUUUUCUCUAAGCCUUCUUCCCUUCCUUCAUAUCGUGAUGGCUUCAAUCAUAAGAUACCCCUCGAAGCAGGCUCAAACCCUGUCAACCUGCGACCAUAUCGCUAUUCCUCGUUACAGAAAGACUCAAUCGACAAAAUGGUCCAGGAGAUGCUGACGCAAGGAAUUAUUCAAUAUAGUUCCAGCCCUUACGCACCACCAGUGGUCCUUGUGAAGAAAAAAGAUGGCUCAUGGCGACUCUGCGUUGAUUAUCGAGGUCUAAACAAGAAAACAAUUAAAUAUAAAUAUCCUAUUCCACUCCUAGAAGACCUUCUCGACGAACUUGGUGGCGCAAAAGUUUUCUCCAAACUCGACUUAAGAGCAGGAUUUCAUCAGCUUCGAAUGUCUCCCGAUGAUGUGCAUAAGACAGCUUUCCGCACUCAUUCUGGUCACUAUGAAUACCUCGUCAUGCCAAUCGGCUUAACGAAUGCGCCAUGCACGUUCCAAGGCCUCAUGAACCACGUUUUUGAGCCCAUCCUUCGGAAAUUUCUACUGGUUUCCUUUGACGACAUUUUAAUAUACAGUAAAAGCUGGGACGAGCAUCUACUACACUUGGAAACGGUUUUCUCCAUCCUGCAACACCAACAGCUUUAUCUCAAACAGUCAAAGUGCACUUUUGGAGCAACCAAGAUUGAAUACCUUGGUCACUUCAUAUCCAACGAAGGCGUUAGUACCGACCCUGCAAAAAUCAAAGCAGUUGAACUAUGGCCAACUCCAGCUAAUCAGAAACAACUCCACAGUUUCUUGGGUCUUGCAAAUUAUUACCGACGCUUCAUUCAAGGGUAUAGCAUCAUCACUCGUCCUCUUACACUCCUCCUACGCAAAGACGGCUUUAUAUGGGGAUCUGAAGCCGCUGUCUCUUUUGACAUAUUGAAAGAGUCUCUUAUAUCAGCACCUGUCUUGGCUCUUCCAGACUUCUCAAAAAUGUUCGUCGUCGAAACCGACGCAUCUCAAACAGUACAAACAUGGAAUGCGUACUUGGCUCACAACCUAUUCAUCAUCAAGACGGAUCAACAGAGUCUCAAAUACUUACUUGAGCAGAAGAUCACCACGCCCUUUCAGCACAUGUGGCUCUCCAAACUAAUGGGCUACACCUUUGAGAUUCAAUACAAGCAAGGAAAAGAGAACGUCGCGGCCGAUGCACUUUCGCUAGUCUCAGGGUCUCAGUUACUUCACCUAACUUUGUCACAGGCUCAACACACGUUCUUUGAGGAUUUAAAACAACUAUGGGAUACAGAUCCAAAACUCAAGAAGAUUGUCUCCGACUUACAGACCAACCCUUCUCUACACGCCGCUUACUCCUUCGUUAAUGGUGAAUUACGGCGACACGGUAAGUUAGUUGUUGGGAACGACACAACAAUAAAGCUCCAUAUCUUCAAGUGGCUCCACGACUCUGCAGUUGGUGGCCACUCUGGGCGCGAUGCUACAUUACAGAGGAUCAAAUCUCUGAACUGUUCGAUUUGUCAACGAAACAAAUAUGACUUAACCGCCAAACCUGGCUUGCUUCAACCCCUUCCUGUUCCGGCUGGUGUAUGGGAAUCAAUCGGCUUAGAUUUCAUCGAAGGUCUUCCUCCAUCUUCAGGAAAACAUUGUAUCUUGGUGGUUAUUGAUAGACUGAGCAAAAACGCUCACUUCUUGGCCUUAUCACACCCUUAUACAACUUUAGAUGUUGCCAAAACUUACAUGGACCAGGUAUUUCGUCUUCAUGGGAUGCCUAAAGACAUCACCAGCGACAGAGAUCCAACAUUCCUCAGUGAGGUUUGGCGUGAGAUGUUCCGUGUUCAUGGCGUUGACUUGAACUUCUCUACUGCCUACCAUCCACAGUCAGAUGGGCAGACUGAAGUCACCAACAAAAUGCUUGAAACAUACCUGCGGUGUAUGGCUUCCGACACUCCUCACACAUGGAGCUCGUGGCUUCCUUUAGCCGAGAGGUGGUACAAUACGACGUAUCACUCAGCCAUACGCAGUACUCCGUAUGAGAUCAUUUACGGCCAGCCACCUCCUCUUCAUAUGCCAUAUCUUCCUGGUGAAAGCUCUUCCCCGGUUGUUGAUAGAACGCUACAGAAAAGAGAAGAGUUAUUGACAUGA